AUGAGCCCUUGCGGAUCAUUGAAACGUAAAAUUGAGCCAAAUGAAAACGAUGACACAUUCACGAUAGCUAAAAAAGUCAGAUGUGAUCGAACUCAAGUUGGAAAUGAGUAUGUAAUAAAAAACUCUGAACCAGUACUUGCUAAAGAUAUGCGUUUGUACGAUGUCAUAUAUACUUGUCGCCACGAAGAUGAUGCACAUAUUUAUGCAAUCAGCUACCAUGAAAAUGAGAAAACUUUAGCUUAUUUGCGUAAUGUACUUGCUGUAGAACGUCCGGAUCAUGAUGGAAUCAUUGCAGUUUUCAUGACCUCAUAUAAAAAUCCUAUAAUAGAAGCGAACGUUCGACAAUGGUCAUUGGCUAUUGGAAGAGAAUUUCACAGUUCUUACGUUAGUACGUCGAACACUAUUGAUGAUUCGGUACAUUUUUAUAUGUUGAAAGAUCAAAUAGCAGAAAUAACCUUUUCAUCUGAAUCUAGAUCUGCUUUAGUCAACCAGUUAGCUCAAUUAGUUGAACCUUGCAAAAAAAUACUCUGA